AUUUCGCCAUGCUGACGUUCUGUGGAGUCAUGUGAUGAAGCGCUGGUCCUUCCCAGGGUUCACUGAGCGCCGUUUGCCCCACCCCAUCUAUCUCAUAUACUGUUCCCGAAGAGAACAUUUAUACCUUCAAGAAUUGCUUAUACGCGUGUUUAAUCGUCUUCCACGACCAGUCCAGGAGGGAACUGUCUUCAUAGUGGAAUGUGUUAGUGCAACACGCGUCAUAUUUAUGAAUGUAUAUGCACAUGUAAACUCUACCAUUCGAGUUCAGAAGGAAUAUAAAACAGACUGACAGCGGGCUAUACCUGCAAGGAACGGGACAAUUCGAAUGAUUUUCGUGUUUUCGUCAUGUUUAGAAGAAUCAGAACCCAUUUAAGAAUUUAUUGGGGGCUAUCUGAGCGCUAUUAGGAGCCUUGCUGAUGUGAGGAGGGAUACAAAUUUCGGCAACAAAAGAAAAGACAGCGAAGGGCCUUUGGAUUGAGAAAAACCAGCAAGGAACAGCCAUCACAGAAACGGGGGAAAAUCACGAAAAUUGAAUUAUUUUGGGGAUCUAAACUGAACCGGACUCACCGUUUAGAUCGAGGAUCAUAUUGUGGAUAUAAAAAUGAGUUAAAUGAAGACGGAAGCAAGGGAAAUAUUACACAUGUAGUUCGUUAAGUGUAAAUAUAUAUAUAUUUUUCCUCCAGUCUACAGUCUCUGCGCGUAGAAAGGCCGCAGGAAAUACGCCUUUUCCCAAAGAGAUGUUUAUUCUAACCCGUGUCAAAAAAGAUCCGGGUCAAAUUUUACAGUCGCGUUUUUGUGCUAUGCCGAUUUUCGGUCUCUGUCACAGGCAACAGUGAGACGUGAGACCCGUGCCGUUCGUGGGCUGAAAAUAGGCUUUUUAUCCUCUCUUCAAUUGAAUGUGAGCGAGGCAAAACCCUCAAUCAACCUUUAAACCUGUGGAUGGUCAUCUAUAUCGGCAUAUAAAAGCUGUACGUGAAGAAGGAAAAAGCCUAAUAGAAUUGACCAAACUGAGAGGACGGCCUGGGUAUCGUCAUCAACAGUCUCCUGCCCUCUUUGACAGUAAUAUCAGUUGAAAAAGACGCAUUAUAUACACACAUACUUACAAACGCAAUAGGACAACGUUUUAAAACAGGCGUUAGUUCGACGUAACAUUAAACCACAGCCUGUAUACAUGUCGUUAAUAUUCGGCUCAAUUCCGUCGGUCAACCGAGAGAUCUAGGUUAGUUAUUUUUCUUCUUCACCUUCCCCCGGACCCACUUUCUUGCGGGAAGAUGGGUUGUUUGGGCAACAGUAAGACUGAAGAUCAGCGAAAUGAGGAGAAGGUACAAAGAGAAGCCAACAAAAAGAUAGAGAAACAGCUUCAGAAGGACAAGCAGCUAUAUAGAGCAACUCACAGGCUACUACUUUUAGGGGCUGGUGAGUCAGGGAAGAGCACCAUAGUGAAGCAGAUGCGAAUCCUCCAUGUGAAUGGCUUCAAUGCAGAAGAGAAGAAGCAGAAGAUUCACGACAUCAAGAAUAAUAUUAAAGAAGCUAUUGAGACCAUAGUAGCGGCUAUGAGUACACUGACGCCUCCCGUUCAGCUCGCCAGUCCACACAACCAAUGCCGGAUCGAAUAUGUCCUCAAUUUAGUCAGUCAGAAGGACUAUGAAUUCACAUCUGAGUUUUAUGAGAAUGCGAAGACUCUCUGGCAGGACGAGGGCGUGAGGGUGUGUUUUGAGAGAUCCAAUGAGUACCAGCUGAUCGACUGUGCGCAGUACUUUCUAGACAAGAUUGAUAUUGUGAAGCAGAGUGACUACACUCCCACUGAUCAGGACCUACUGAGAUGCCGAGUGCUCACCUCUGGGAUCUUUGAAACCAGAUUUCAGGUGGACAAAGUAAAUUUCCACAUGUUUGAUGUUGGUGGGCAAAGGGAUGAACGUCGGAAAUGGAUCCAGUGCUUUAAUGAUGUAACAGCCAUUAUUUUCGUGGUGGCCAGUAGCAGCUACAACAUGGUGAUCCGGGAGGACAAUCAGACCAACCGUUUACAGGAGGCUCUCAAUCUAUUCAAGAACAUUUGGAACAACAGGUGGCUGCGGACCAUUUCUGUCAUCCUAUUCCUCAACAAACAGGACCUGCUAGCGGAGAAGGUGUUGGCUGGGAAAUCAAAAAUCGAAGAGUAUUUCCCAGAGUUUGCACGCUACACCACACCGGAUGAUGUCUCUCACGCUUCUAUAGCAACACCGGAAGCAGGGGAGGAUCCGCGUGUCACGAGGGCAAAGUACUUCAUACGAGAUGAGUUCCUGAGGAUCAGCACAGCCAGCGGAGAUGGCAGGCACUAUUGUUACCCCCAUUUUACCUGCGCCGUCGACACGGAAAACAUCCGCCGGGUCUUCAACGACUGUCGGGACAUCAUUCAGCGGAUGCACCUUCGGCAGUACGAGCUCUUGUGAUGGGAGGGGACUGCAACACAGACUCGGAACCCCGACCUCCGGUCCCUCCCUGACCCCCACUCCCGAUUCCCUGAAACCCACCCCUGUCGCCCUGACUCUGUGUGCUCUUGGGGACUCCUGAAGUCAAACUAGACAUGAGAGCUACAGCGCAACAUGGAAAUUGCUAUUGAAAUACUGCAAAACACAGAAUACAUCCAAGCCAGAUCAGCUGAACUCCACAGCAUUUUAGCACUGUGCUCAAGACUUGAACCCAUUUCACCACACACACACACACGGGCGCGAGUACGCACACUGACAUGGCACCGGGCUGUCUUUCUUUCACAACCUCCGUUCAUAUUUUGACACACACACAGACACACUCUUAGGCACACUUAAUCUCAGUUUACCCAUAACUGCUUGCAUACAGAAAAAUAACCCCACACGCUUUUACUCGACUGCAUGGUCACUGGUCCUGAACUGAGCAAGUCCUGAGUCUUAGCUGCUUGCUGGCUGCAGCCACAGAUUGACUGGCUCAGUGUUUUCAAUGAAUCACAGCCAAGAUACCUACCAGGAGCAAUUUCAAUGACGGACAAUGAACCAGAGAAGCAUCAUGGUGAGCGGGGUUUGGGGGAAGGGAAUAUUUAUGUGAAUAUGGUGGAGCUUGGACACCAUGACACCCACAGGAUUGUCACAUGACUUUGCCUUGUCGGUACAGCAGCGGAAGGAGAAAGGCCAACGUUCACAGAACUCAACGGAGUGCAAAGCCCAUAUACAGUACAGUACCAUAUAAGUUAAGAGAAGUCUGAUCAGCCCCGUUUCUGUCUCCACGAUUUGUUUUGUCUGUGUAGACUGUUGUGCCAUUGUGCCCUGUGCGCUCUCUCACACACACACUCUCUCUCUCGCCUCUUUCACUCCUCCCUAUCCUCUCUUAACUUCACCACAUACCAUGCACUGUUACUUUACUGGCAAUGCUCUUUGUUAUGUUUUUAAAGAAAAAAUAUCCUGAAAUUAAAAAAAGAGGAAGAUAACGAUAAAUGGGA